AUGGAUGAGGCCCAAUGGGGUUUCCUUGCUCAAGUAAUUGCUGUAUUUGCUUUUGUUCUCAUUGUCUAUCUUUGCCAUAUGUGCAUUAGAAGAAUAAGGCUUUCGUCAAACAAUGUGUUACCAACUUCUCACCAGGCGCCGCCACUACCACCACCGCCGGAAUUAGAAGAUAAUUUCAAGAUUAUGGUUUUUAAUGAAGGAAGUUUAAGGGGAAAAUCAAGUAUUAAUGGGGAGAACGAUUGUGCUAUUUGUCUAUUGGAGUUCUUGAAGGGCGAUAGCUACAUUGUUCUGCCAGCUUGUUGCCAUAAAUUUCAUGCAGAUUGCGUUAUGAUUUGGUUAGCAAUUAACAGAGACAAAACUUGUCCCAUAUGCAGGACUCAUGUAAAUAUACAUGCUUAA